AUGUCCGUACCCGAACAACUAUCCGAUGUGAACAUGUACAAAGUAAAGGCUAACUAUAAGUUGUUUCUGAAGCCGGCAAGGCCGGAUAAAUCCGUCAUCUCUCCUCUUCGCCCGUUGAACCCUCCCGUGACCGCCGCGCCACAAACGCAAGUCAGCAGUAGCCAAGAAGGAAAUUAA